CCCGAUCCACACACACGCACCUGCGUCCUCCUGCGGACAAGCAGCCCCCGGCAGCACCAGCCAGGCUCUCAGCUCAGCUCUCCCCUUUCCUCGCCAGGGGACAGGAUGGCCGAGGAUUUUUCCUGCCAAGUCAAGAAGAUGGCACUGGCCUUGGGAACGUCCCUGACGGACAAGGACAUUGACCUGCUGCCCUCGGAUAUGAGACAUCACGCUGCCCUCAACUACAGCAAGUUCUUCGAGUACAUGCAGAAGUUCCAGACGUCGAGUGAGCAGCAGGAGCAGGUGCGCAAAGCUUUCCAGCUCCUGGACAAGGACAACAGCGGCUUCAUCGAGUGGAACGAGAUCAAGUACAUCCUGUCCACCGUGCCCAGCACCAUGCCCGUGGUGCCCUUAUCAGACGAGGAGGCUGAAGCUAUAAUCCAAGCAGCUGACACAGAUGGGGAUGGGAGGAUUGAUUUCCAAGAGUUCUCCGACCUGGUCAAGAAGGAGAAGAUCCCCAAGAAGAAGUAAGGCAGGAGGCAGAGGAGAAAGUGCGCCCCACUUCCUGGCAGCAGGCCGCCUGCUUUGGGGGCAGCCCCCCGGGGAGACCGCUGCUGGCUACCCGUGCAGCACCGUGCUUGUCCUGAGUGUUCUGUCGCCUAGACCCCAGUUUGGAGGGGAAGGGGCUGGGGAGGGAGGGGGAAGGUCGCAGCCACACCUGGCCUGGGGGGAUGGGAGAGCAGGGGGGGUAGCAAGAUGCAUACCAGGCCCAGAGCAGUAGGAGGCAGUUCUGGGCCAGGGCAGGAGGGAGGGCUUGAGAAAUAACAACCACCCCCCUGGCCCCAUUGCAGCUUAAUCUCCCCAGCACCUCCCCUGCCGGGGACAUGGGGGCAGCUGAGACGCACAGGACCAGCAGCGGGCGCAUUCCAGACGGUGCCGCCCUCCCCCCGGCCUCCCAACCCGACAGAGCGUCAGGGCCAGCCAGGCCGGGGCUAGGAGCAGAAAGACUGAGAAGAAAAACCAGACCCGGAGCAGCUCCGAGCCUUGGUCCUCCUGCAUCCGUUCCCUUCCCCCUGCCCCCUCCCCUCCCGCUCAGACUGUGCCCAGCUCAGCACCGGAGAGCCCUGCCUGGGCCAGCUGGCUGCUCUCUGCCCGGAGAAGGGCCAGUUCACCAUGUGCAGCAGCUGCCCUAGUUGGAGGAGGGUGGGGUGGAGAAAGUUCCUAUUUGCAGCCGCUGUCCUUGUGCCGUGUCCUGCCUGGCUCCCGUCCCUGCCCCUGCCCUGCCGUGUGGGGGCAGGAGCAGCCUCAGCACUUCUAUUGCAGCCCUGGUGCCGUUCGCAUCCGCCGGGGCCAUUUCCUGCCCCGAAUAAAGACUCUCUCGUGUGAUCCCGUCUGCGGCCGAGCCCUCUGCUUUCGCCUGGCCCCUUCCCUGUACCCACAGUAGCCUCAGCCAGGAAUUCCCGCUGGCCCGAGGGCUUGGCCGGACAGAGCGCAGUUAGUGGCGCAGAGAGAGAAGCCAGGAGGCCUGGCCCCCAGCCCCUGGCACGGGGAGAUACAGCCUGGUUCCACAAACCCCACUGGCCUGCUGAGGUGAACCCCUCCCCGCAGCAUGCAGCACCAGCCAUAGAGCUCAGGGUUAAAGUCCCUCUGGACCCGUCCCAGGGCCUGGCACCGCUGGGCUGGGCCUGUUCUCAGAGCCCCAUGAGCUCAGCUCAGCCCAACCGCGGCCCGUUCUGGGGCUGAGCUGCAGCUGGCCUGGGAGAGGGCGGACCAGAGAGAGACGCUGAGAGCCAGGGGAGGUGCUGGUGCGAUGCGGAGAGAGGAGGAAGAGGAGACCCCCUGAAUGCUGCCGUGAAAGGGGUCCAGAUUAACUUGCUGCACCCCUUCCCCUGACACCCCCAGCCUGGUGCGCCGUACAGGACAGGGGCCAGGUCCGGGGCUACUCAGUUCUUAAAGUGAGAGCACGGCGCAGGGCCCAGCUGCCCGCACUCUCACGCCUGCUUCAACAAGAUCCCCCCGUGCCAAUCCUGCUAACUUGUUCCAGCCGAUACGGCUGGGUCAGCUCCUAAUCUCCCCCUCCCGGCAUAGACACCAGAUUUAGCCGCAAUCGCCCAGGCCGCAAAACCUCUGUCAACUUCGGCCCUUCUCUACAAAGGAGCAGUUCAGAUAAUCCCCAGCUAAGAGAUUCCCAUUAUCCCACUAAACAAGAGGCUGGUUUUCAGCUUCCUUAAUUGGGGAUCUUUGGCCAAGCUUAUCCUAGCUGCGCUGGUCGCCUGGCCUUUCUAGCCCCAUUCCUCCAGCGGGGAUGGGCCCCACAGGGGCAAACUCAAGGAGCACGGCAGCUGGGAUGCGGCCAGAGCAGUCUAAAGUCUGUGUGGAGCCAGGCCUUGGCUGACUCUGGAGCUGUGGGUGGAGAGGAGGACCUUGCUUCUGCCCAUGGCCCUUGCCUUCAGUUUAACUUCACCCUGAUGCAGAACAUGGGAGCAGAGCUGGGCGAGGCCGGACCCAGCAGCUCAAAGCUGGCGAUCCGUCUCUGAACCAGAAUUCCUGGGGUGGGGACCAGGCUGGAUCUGACAUGCAACAGCUGGGGCCCCAGACACCAUCGCCGGGGGGACACGAGGCAGCAUAUCCAAGAACAUGGCAUAAGGAGCCAGGCCAGCACUCACCAAUGGGGUGCAAACCUCAGGCCAAAGGACACCCCUCUUCUGCUCGGGGUCAGGGAGCAGCACCGCUCGCUGGCAGCAGUAGUGGGCUGUUAGCCGCCAGAGGGGGCGACACCCCCCCUUUGCCAUUGGGGUACACUGGCUCGACAUUGGGGUUCGGCUGAGGCAGGAGCACCCCCAGGCUCGUCAGCGCCAGGCCCCUCGGGCCAGAUAGAACCACGGGGCAGGCUGCUCAGGGCUGCUCUCCCCACCCGUACAGCCACGGAGGCCACGACUGCAGCAGGGGACUUUGGGAAAACAGGUAAAAUCCCCUGGGCUGGACCAGGCUAUGGCAGAGUUGCCAUUACAGCCCAGGUGUUCCUGGCUCCCAGUCCUGUGCUCACCCCACUCCACCUGUGCCUAAGCAGGCCCUCCCAGGGCCCUCUGCUCUGACUGCACUGGGCCUUGCAGAGAUGCCCCCCAGAGUCCACUCUAACACUGCCCCCCACACACCAGCCCCGAGCCAGGAGCAGGACAAGGGCUGUGUGGUUGGGCACAGCAGAGCCUGAAGAUCGGUCUUUGCUCUGCUACCUGGGAAAUGUCUCUGCCCUGCUGCACUCCUUCCCCAGGCUGCAUCAGCCAGAAGGGGCAGCCCUGCCCCAAGCCUGCACCAGCAGACGGGAGCGGGGGUCAGCGCAGGAAAGACUAACCGACGCCUGGCUCCCUCCAGGGAAACGGCCCAAGGAAGCACUUGGCCCCGUUUUAGCAGGAUAGACAUGGCUGCCUUUCCGUGCACACGACUCCCAUCAAAGGGAAUAGGAGACCUGCGGGUGAGGAGUGAAUGGGCAGCCAGCCCCCCGCUCCCUCCCUGCCAGGGGCCUGGGCUACUGCCUGCAAACCAGACCGGGGAGCCCUACAGACAGCUGGCUCACGGCCCUCCAAUUCAGGUGGGAUAACAGACUCCAUCUCCACCGAGGAUCCCAGGCAGCCAGCCAACAUAAAGCUCCAGAAUCUAUUGUAUAACAUAGACGAUUUAUUCACGUCUGAACUGGGCAUCGGCCUAGAAGUUAGCCAACACUGCGGCUCACGGGACGGUGAGAUGCUGCAAUGAAAAGGCAGA